AAACCCACUGAGCAGUGGUGGGAGAUGGCAGUAGACGGGGCGUCUGGUCCUAAAGGGUACGGGGGUGGUAUAGUGUUUACCACCCCAGAAGGUUUCAAGAUCUACCAUGCACUCGUCUUCAACUUCAAGCUGACGAACAACGAGGCAGAAUAUGAAGCUCUGGCUAGAGGGCUCAGACUUGCCCAAGCCCUGAAAAUCAGCCGGGUCAGUAUCAGAUCUGACUCUAGUCUGAUUGUUGGGCAAGUGACCGGUAACAUGGAAGCAAGAGAAGGACGAAUGACACAAUACAAGGACCUAGUGCUUGCCUUGUUGAAAGGCUUCGAGGAAUUCAAGAUCGCCCAAAUCCCCCGGGCUGAAAAUGCGGAUGCAGACCUUCUCUCCAAACUGACGCAGUGUGCCCUCGAGCAUGUUUCAAAACUUGCCCGGGUGGAAAUCCUAGAUCGAGCCAGCAUUGAGAAAUUGGAAGUCGCCGCCAUAACAGCAGCAAGCCAAUCUGACCGGUCAAACCUGGUCGGGGCGGAUGACCAUUUGAUGUACGAUCUAAUGGAACACUUGAUGGAUGGGAGCUUGCCAGAACAAGAUGACCGGGCAAGAAAAGUGAAGCUCAGGGCACCUCGGUUCCAAGUCCUUGAUGGGAAACUGUACAAGAGGGCGUUUGGGGGACCCCUACUGAGAUGCCUAACCAACCGGGAAGCUGAGCCAGUCAUAGCCGAAGUCCACGAAGGCGUAACGCGACAAGGGCACGAUCCCCCUCACAAGAUGACAAAGCAGUUCGAGGAUGAAGCCAGUCACCUCGGCAGCGUGCCUCCACGUAGUCAAGACAUUUCCGCCUCAGAUGCCCACGCAUCUGAGGAAUCCCCGUCCUCUUCUUCGUCGACCGGGUUGUCUUCCCCCGUUUCUAAAACCCGGUCGGUUCCCAACCCAAAUAUUCCCGAACCGCGGCCUGUAAACCAGAUGCCCGGUCAGAUUUUUCAAGAGAGGGAUGCACCGGUCGAGGACGAACCGGUCCCUUAUGACCCUGAAAACGAGUCGUAUGAGGAAUGGGUGGACCGGCUGGAAGCAGGCGGUUAUUCUCCCCUUCCUAGCAGCUACCCUUCGGACAUCUACCCCCGUGAUUCCAAGAUCGCCCAAAAUAAGGCCCGUAGGAACCUCCCGGAGGGGUAUGUCCUUGAAUACGACCCUAACUGGCCCAACAUCAUCGAGCCUCACCGGGAUGAUAGGGUAGGGUUCCAUAUUGUCUCCCUGGAGAGUGGCACUGUUUUCCCCCUUCGCCCCCUUCUGGUCGAGUUGUGCCACUGUUUCAAGAUCCUCCCUGGGCAAAUUACGCCCAAUGCCCACCGUUUCCUUAACGCCUUCGUGAAUAUUUGUAUAGAGCUUAAGAUUGACCCUUCCCUCCGCUUGUUUCUCUACUUGUUUGAAGUCCUUCCUGGUAAGUCGGGUUGUGACGGUUACGUCUACUUCAAAGGCCGCAAUGGUCGCCAAUUUAUUUCUGACCUUCCACAAAGCAAUCGGCAGUGGAAGGAGAAAUUUGUUUUUAUAAAAUUCCCCACCGCUUCUCCCUUGGUCGGCAUCAAGUGGAAUGACCACAUACUCAAGUCCCAAUACGCCGAGCCGGCUAGCGCUCCAGACUUAGAAGAAAGUUUGGAGAAACUUCUACAGGGGGACCCAUUCACCGGGCAAAUGUUCCACUACGGGGCCUGGAUCUGGAGAAUCCAACUGGGUGGUAAGGGUACCCCUCGGGCCCAUGAGGCAGCGGGGCACGGGGUACCCUCCCCGGGCAACACUGCCGAGGCCGGGGGCCCAAGCCACCCAGUCAGGAAGGCACCGGUGAACCCUUCUCCCAAUAAGGGGAAGGGAAAGAAGAGGGUGAAGCACGCUGCCACCACCCAUCCGUCCUCCAAGAAGAGAAGAGUGGAGCACUCCCCGGUCAGAGAAUCCAUGGGAGAGCUAUGGGUCAAGAUGACCCUCAAGUUGAAAGAGAUGGGUGAGGUCGGCCCGGAAACUUUGGAAGAUCUUGCAGUGGAUUCCUCCCGGUCACACCAGCUGGAGGAGAAGCUGAAGAGGGUUGAAGCCCAUAACCAGGAGCUUCAGGAUUUGAUAGCCCGGCAGCUUGAAGAGGUGACCAAUCUUUCAACGAUUGCCGAGGGAGCCAAGGCAGAGACCCUCCAGCUGAAGGAGGAGAACCUGAAGCUGAUGGAGGACCUAGAGCAGAAGGAGAGGGAGUUUCCCAGCAAGGCCAGACAGUGGAUGGAGGAUAACCUGGUGGGGGCUGCCCGGGUGCUCACCUCUUCUGAAGAGAGGACGAUGCAGGGCUUCAAGCUUCUGUACCGGGAGAAGCAAGGAAAAGAAAUGAUCACCCAAAUUGGCUCCUACGGUUUUAUGUCCGGCCAAAAACGUGACCGGGAGGCCACGCACGCGGUCCUUGCUGAACGUGACCCGGACUUUAGUGCUGAAUCAUACGGCCUGGCCCCUAUCCCGGACGACGAGCCUGCACCUCCCUUCCCCUUGAAUUGAACAUCUCCCCGGCUGCGCCUGGUUAUUUUUUGUAAACUUGAAACUGGAAAUUUCCCCGGGGAUGCCCGGCGUACUUGUAAACAAUUAAUUUUCUUGUUUUGU